CCUCCUUCCUCCUUCUUCUUCUUCUGCUUCGUUUUUCUGCCGUUUCAAAACGGAUCCAAGGAGGCGGAGAGGAGUAAACGGGGGCGAUCACACGCAGAGGACGGGGGUUCCUUUAUUUCUCUCCAUGCUGGUCUGGACGUCCGUAGUAUGUAUGAGAAGUUAACCAUGCUGAACCUGCAGAGCGGCUCCAACUGGAGCGGGCCCAACAACUGGUACCAUGACCCCACCGGCGUUCAGACGCAGCACAGCGCAGUGUCCGAGGGCUGCAUGCUGGACACAGAGGGCAGCAUGGGGGGAGAGGCGGCGGGAGGAGGCGCUGGCAGAGGAGGAGGAGGAGGAGGAGGAGGAGGAGUCCCCGUGGAGCGGGACGAAGGCGAGGAGUCUCAGCUGAGGCUGCAACUCAAGAGGAAGCUGCAGAGGAACCGGACCAGCUUCACGCAGGAGCAGAUCGAGGCUCUGGAGAAAGAGUUUGAAAGGACACAUUACCCAGAUGUUUUCGCAAGGGAGAGGCUGGCGAACAAGAUCGAUUUACCUGAGGCCCGGAUACAGGUGUGGUUCUCCAACCGGAGAGCCAAGUGGAGGAGGGAGGAGAAGCUGCGCAACCAGAGGAGGUCGGGCAGCGUCACCUCCUGCUCACAGAGCCAGGCGCCGCUCAGCACCUCCUUCAACACGUCCGUCUACCAUCAGCAGCACGGCAGCAGCUCAGGGUCCAUGUUGAGUCAAACGGAGCCGUCGCUGCCCAGCUACAGCUCGCUGUCUGUCUUCUCAUCUGGAGUCCAGUCCAUUCCUCCCCAGUCGGCCUCCUCAUACUCCUGCAUGUUGCCUCCGUCGCCCUCUGCGCCGCGCAGCUUCGACUCGUCGGCGUACUCCUCCCCUCACCUGCAGACUCCGUCCUCAGCCAGCUCCAACACAGGGCUCAUAUCACCCGGGGUUUCGGUGCCAGUCCAGGUCCCAGGAACUGAGCCGCAAAGCAUGAGUCAGAACCUGGGGCAGUACUGGGCCAGAUUACAGUGAGCUCCAGGCGAAUGCUGAUGGACAGAAGAAGAA